CACGUUUGCCCAUGCCCGGCUCCUUGUGACAGACUCAUCACACCUGCCGCCAUAACUAGUAUUCUUCGCCUGAUGAUACAAAUCCAGGUCAAGGCGACGAACAUGGUCAAUUGCUAUCGUAGAUCGGCGACUGGUCCUCGGCACACAUUCGCAGAAACGAGUGUCCAUCUGAUCAGAAGGGCACAAGAGAGUAGCGAGCCAAAGCAUCAAUAGUUAUCAGUUUCUUCGGUUUUUGUGGCAACUUUCUGAGAAUCAAUGGCGGCUGCCGAGAAUAAGAGCUAGUCUUUCAUUGUGAGAGAAGGCUGUUACGGGAGAAGGCAGGUUCAGAUUCAAGAAAAGUGAUAACCUUACAGAAGGUUUUGCAACAAUGUCGAGACACGGUUGCAGUUCGCCGGAUGCCUCCCCUUGUACGACAUCUAGCGGGUAUGAAUCCACAUUCUCUCUUUCUGAAAGCAACACUGGAUCGUGGGAUUCAAGCUCCGACUCCGCCAAUUCUCCGGCAAGGUCGAGUGCUGAUUCGACUGCAAGCUGGUUGGGACCUUUGAAGUCAACAUCGUCAAUUUUCCACUUAAAGAGAGCACCAUGGAUUCCUCAGAAACGGUCAGCCUGCAAGCAUACCAAGUCUACUACUGGUGACAGAAAGCCAGUCAUUUUGGAAAAGGCGCCUUUCGGGAAAUCUUCGAAAUAUCUAACAGUGUACGUCGGACCACGCAUUGAGCAGAGUGUGAAAUAUGUUAUAAGCCGAAGUCUGCUGGUGCACCCGCUUUUCCAAGUCCUGCUGAAGUGCUCCGAAGACGAGUUCGGUGAAGAUUAUGCUGUGAAGAAAGGCGUGGCUAUCGUUUGCGAUCCGGCUUUAUUCUUACAGGUUGUAAGGGCUGUGGACGACAGCUUGUGGUCUGCUCAAACCUCCAAAGCUCAAGAGCUGGACGUAAGCAUUGAUGCCAGCACUUGAGUCCCUGCGACAACAAGAGCUCAAAGCACGAAGCGAUCAUCUUGCCUGUGCCCAAUUUUGUUCAUAUUGUAGAGAUUCUCAUCCCGUCACGCGUAGAAGGAUAGGAUAGUUCACACACCCAAAGAUUUAGAGUCUGGGUAAUUCAUGUUCAAUAGGAUCAUUCUCUGUAUAGUUCGAGGUCAGGAUACCAGUCUGCUCUAGACAUUGAGGAGGCUGCUGGAGGGAUGUACAUAUCGAACUUUUGAUAGCCAGUUCGAUAUGUACAUCCUGCACCAGCCGCAGCUCCAAUUCUUAUCGUUCCAAUGUAGAUGUAAAUGUACCGGAACACGAGGAAAUAUUGCUAUCUGUCGUGUAAAUAAUUCUUUUUUUCAGACCGUCAGAUGCAGUCGUAUGAUUUGACAGCUUCUGUCAACUGGUAUUCUUACAGAGCAUAACCUCGUAGAUGACUCUGAGCUAAUCAUGACGAGCGUCAAAUCUCUUUGUGCCGCAAGCUGAAUGAGAAG